CAAGAAUCUCUCCCAAUCCACCUAACACCCAAUUUUCUAUUGCACCCUAAAGGAGAUUUCUUCAGAUCAAAACCAUGGCGGCAGCAUCUCUAUCUGGCUCCAGUCUCUGCAAUUACAAUUAUAGAUUUUCAAGGUCGAUUCCUCGGCGCAGAUAUUUUGCCUCUGAAUCGCGCUUUUUCUCUGAGGGUCUCAAUGAUGUUGAUAAGCCUUCACCGAAACCUCUUAUCGUCUCAAGCUCUGAAUCGAAUACUCAAAAUCAUAGCAUUCUCAAAGGGUCAAAUCUUAGCAAUGGACCGACUUGGAAGAGAAAUCUGAACUUACAAACGAAUUGUGCGGUGGGGGUUUGCAUUUCCCCUGAAAAUGUUGCGGAAUCUCAUUAUUCACACGCUGCGGAGGAGAAGCUCGGGGUCCUACUUUUGAACCUUGGAGGUCCAGAGACACUUAACGACGUUCAACCCUUUUUGUAUAACUUGUUUGCUGAUCCUGAUAUUAUACGGCUGCCUCGGCUGUUAAGGUUUCUUCAACAACCAUUGGCAAAGUUGAUAUCUGUUCUCCGGGCUCCCAAGAGCAAAGAAGGGUAUGCUUCCAUUGGUGGCGGUUCGCCUUUACGCAAAAUAACUGAUGAACAGGCGGAUGCUCUUAGAAUGGCUUUGGAGGCUAAGAAUGUACAUGCCAAUGUAUAUGUUGGAAUGCGAUAUUGGUUCCCUUUCACUGAGGAGGCUAUUGAACAGAUUAAACGGGACAGAAUAACAAAGCUUGUCGUGCUGCCACUAUAUCCUCAGUUCUCCAUCUCCACAACUGGGUCCAGCAUCCGAGUUCUUCAACGAAUAUUCAAGGAAGAUGCAUAUUUAUCAAGACUACCUGUUUCUGUCAUUCUUUCGUGGUAUCAACGACAAGGUUAUAUUCAGUCUAUGGCCGACUUAAUUGAGAAAGAAUUGGGCAAAUUUGCAAAGCCUGAAGAGGUCAUGAUAUUUUUUAGUGCCCAUGGGGUACCUGUCAGUUAUGUUGAGGAUGCUGGGGAUCCUUACAAAGAUCAAAUGGAGGACUGCAUCUACUUAAUUAUGCAAGAGUUGAAAGCUAGAGGGAUUGGAAACGAUCAUACCCUUGCUUACCAGAGUCGAGUUGGACCUGUCCAAUGGCUGAAGCCCUACACCGAUGAAGUUCUUGUCGAGAUUGGCCAGAAAGGAGUGAAGAGUCUUCUAGCUGUCCCAAUAAGCUUUGUCAGUGAGCACAUAGAGACACUUGAAGAGAUUGACAUGGAAUAUAAACAUUUAGCUCUGGAAUCUGGCAUAGAGAAUUGGGGCCGUGUGCCUGCUCUAGGCUGCAACUCUUUGUUCAUCACGGACCUGGCUGAUGCUGUAGUUGAAGCUCUACCAUCGGCAAAAGCCAUGUCAACCUCUACAGAAGAUGCUGAAGAAACUGAAUACGACCCCUUAAGUUAUGUUAUCAAACUGUUCUUCGGUUCGAUACUGGCAUUCAUUUUGCUGUUGACACCAAGGGUGGUACUUGCAUUUAGGAAUGGCCUCUUUUAAGAUUACAGGGUCAUCAACUCUUAUGUUCCUUGGAUUUUAGCUUACACACAGAUUUGAUAUUUUUUAGAGCAACUUGCUUUGAACCAGAAAGAUUUGUCUCAGGUGAUCAUGCUUUAUUGUAAUACAUAUGGUAUAUAUAAUUUAUAGACAAAAUCAAUGAAAUGAUCAAAAGUUCAUUACCA